CAUACUAGUGUGAAAUAUAAUUAGGUUGUAGUCAGUAGUCUGUAUAUGAGUGUACUAUAUAUCUGUUCACUAGGGUUUCAACACGGGACGGACAUGUAAUACGAACGUGGCAAUGUUCAUAUUGUACUAGUCAUCAAGACGUCACAUAGAAACAUUCAAUGAUUGUGUUAGGAAAAUCUUAACAUAAAGUAAUAUAACAUCACUGUGAUGUUUUGUGGACCCUGAAGCGACACUUGAAACUUUUUGGAAUGAAGAAUCUAAGAGAGAGAUGGAAGAUUGGAUUUCUCCUGCUGUUAUCUGUAGCCGUUUUAUUUACUUUUUAUAAUUAUACUCAUAUACAUUCAAACAUUAUCGCGAAGGAGACGGGAGGAAUUUCGAGUACAGACAAAGUCACCAACAAGAAUGAAGCAUCAGUAGAAUUUAAGAAACGCCUUAAUGUUACUGGAGAAUCAAAAGAUGGGUAUCAGAUUUUAUUGUUGACCUACUUACGGUCAGGCUCCACUUUCCUUGGAGAUAUUGUUCAACAGGUGCCCAGAGCACUUUACUCGUACGAACCCGCCAGGCAUUACAUGGCCAGACGACAGUCGUAUAUAUCGCUGGAACGGGGCACGUGCGACUUCGCCAACGAUAGCUGCAGUCGCACGUCCAAGGAAGAAUACAGCACCAUAAUGGAAAACAUCCAGAACUUUUACAAAUGUGAUUUACAUCAUCUACAUCCGUUCUUAAGGAAGGGUAUAUCCACAAUUUCAGGACGAAAGUGCCAUCGUGAGGUCGAUCAGAAAAAGUGUAUUUCUGAAAUGCUUCCUUAUUGUCAGUCUGGGACCAGGAUCGUAAAAACCAUCCGGUUGUCCAUGGACAUAGUGGAUGUAUUGAUGGAAAAGUUUCCGAAUCUCAAGGUUAUACACUUACUGAGAGAUCCACGAGGUAUGAUAGUGUCCAGGAUGAGAACAAUUACUCAGCUUCAUCUAAAACAAAUGGACAUGUCUCUAUCGGCGCGUGCUGUGUGUGAUAGGUAUAACCGAGAUAUAAGAAUAGGACAAUCUUUGGAAGUCAAAUACCCCAACAGAAUAAAAACCGUGCUGUAUGAACAGAUAGUGGAGAAACCACUGGAAACCUCCCUUCGGAUAUUUAAAUUUUUGGGUCAGCAGCCGAAUAGCAAUUUCAAGUCAUGGAUGAGUGAGCACAUUUCAGGAGACAAUAACUCGUCCAACCCACUCGAUACUCACAAUCACGCAUACAGUACCUUUCGCACCAAUUCGUCAGCUACUGCGAACGCUUGGAGGUCACGUCUGAAAUUCGAAAAUGUCGUAAAGAUUGACAAUGAGUGUUCUCAGCUGUAUGAUUACACAGGUUACCUGGCUGUUAACAGUUCAACUCAUUUGACAAAUCUAAAAAAUUCUCUUAGAAAGAAGAAUGCAGAGUUUCCAUAAUCUUAAUUAUAACUCUGAAUUUUCAUUUGUUCUUCCUUCUGCAUAAGAUUAUGAUAAAUAAAAAGGAUAAUUUCAAAUGCAAAAAGUCUAAAAGCAUCUGAUGUUUAAUUAUGGAAUAUUAAUAUUAAAUGAUAUGAUGUUUUUGAUCAUUCACGUUUUCUCUUCUGUUUUAGCCAUUUUAUAUCUGCUGUUCAUUAGUAGCUAUCAACAGAUUUAAAAUGUACGAUAUUGUUACAAGACAGAAUUUGAGUAAAAUGUUAUCUCUUCUGCCAUAAUUAACAUCUGCAAUA